AACUAUGCCCACAUCAAAAGGAUAACAUAACUCCACAUGAUCUAUUCCAAAAUUUGGUAAACAGCUUCUUUCAGUCUCACAUUUUCUUUUCUUUUUAAGUCCAUAAUCUGAAUUUAUACCAUCUCCAUCUCCAUCUCCAUCCCCCGCCACCCCACCACCGUACAAGGCGGCGGUGAGCCCUCAAACAAUGAACUCAAUUUUCUCCACUCUCCUCUAUUGGCUGGUGAACCACCCCAAAAUCCUCUAUUUUUCAUGGACCCAAGGCCAAACCUUUGGCUCUACUCCACAAUUUCUCAUUCUCACAGUCCUUACUUAUCUUAUCUUCACUCUCCUCCUUUCUCAUAAAUCGUUUUCACUUUCUGGAACCAAACUCCUUAAACCCAUCACAGCCAUCCAUAGCCUUACCCUCUUUCUCUUAUCUUUAAUCAUGGCCAUUGGUUGCAUCCUCACCAUCAUCUUCCGCACACAUAAACUCCACCAUGCCAUUUGCUUCCCUCCUCAAACUAAAUCAUCUGGGCCCCUCUUUUUUUGGGCCUACAUAUUUUAUCUCUCAAAAAUCCUUGAAUUCAUGGAUACCCUCUUGAUCAUUCUCAGUAAUGCAAUCAAAAGGCUGACAUUUCUCCAUGUCUAUCACCAUGCUACUGUGGUGAUCAUGUGCUACUUGUGGCUAUCCACUUGUCAAUCUUUAUUUCCUGUUGCUUUGGUUACUAAUGCACUUGUUCAUGUGUUGAUGUAUUGGUAUUAUCUGUUAUGUGCAGUGGGGAUUAGGCCUAAAUGGAAAAGAUUGGUUACAAAUUGUCAAAUUGUGCAGUUUGUGUUCAGUUUUUUGAUUUCAGGUUUGAUGUUGUAUUAUCAUUUUAGUGGAGUAGGGUGCUCUGGAAUAUGGGGUUGGUGCUUCAAUGCUGUUUUCAAUGCUUCCCUUUUGGCUCUUUUUGUGGACUUUCAUUUCAAGAGCUAUGCCAAGAAGAAUAUUGAUGAUAAAGAUAAACGGCCGUGAAUUUUGGUGGGUUGUUAUCAUAAUUAUUUUUCCAAUUUAUUAUUUAUUCACUUCUAGAAUUGUUUAAUUGAGUUAUAAUUAAUGGCUUGGUUGAAUUGCAAUGUUAUUUUAAUUUUCUUUUUAUAUUAAUGGGAGGCAUUACGAGUCUAUAA